GCACGAUACAAACGAAUAGGUGAUUUAAAAUGAUGAGUGGCUUCUGUGGCUUGCUCAUCGCUGCUCAUCAUCAUUUCGCUGACGACAAACGGACACAUCUCGAUUUGCGUUUGCCAGAGUGCAGCCAGUCUUUCACCAACCAGCCCAGUCCAGUCCGUGGCUUGUCAUCCACGCGACGCGGGGGCCGGCCGAGUCCGGGAUUGAGAUAUUGGCUGUCUGGUUUCCGUUUCCUCUGCCUGCCUGCAUGCACAUGCGCAUGCCAUGCCCUCGACGAGCAGGCAUCAGCAAUGACCUCAUACCUCGUCCCUCAUCAACUCGAGCCGGGCUUCGCAACGAUACGCACGGUACGUACUAACUGGUCCUUCGUCUCUGACCGGGGGACAUUCUACCGUGUAGAAAAGAAAGAUCACAACGUUGUCGACGAACCUCCCUCUACUGCGAGAUCGACGCACUUGUCACGACAUCCUAGACAUUCCAUUUCCAUUUUUGAAUUCCGCACGCAGCCGAAAAAAACUAAAAAGAAAAAAGGCUAAGAGUGCCUCAUGGACUGGUCCAGACCACCGCCUGCGCACGAGCCAUCUUAUUCCGUCAUUCCAUAUGCCGUGCAAGGUACAAUUAUCAAUCACACCAAGUUACCUGCCAUGAACUGGUACCUAGCGACCUCGACUUCGUGUGGUAGGCACAGUACACUACUAAUCCUACGAGGCUAAACUACUGGUAGGUACCUACCUACCUACCUAGGUGAGCGUCAUCGGACCCUUUCUGCAGCACCAGCCACACCCAGCCCCUCUUCGCUGCUUUGUGGGCGUCACCAGCCACUCUUCGGUCU